AUGGCGAGAGAAGCUGGUGCUUAUGUGAAUGCUCAUGGCGAUCUUUUGGCUGAGCUUAUGAGGGGGAAAGAUAUAAAAACUAAAGUUGAAGAGAGGUUCUCUGAGUUUUUUGAGAAGUGGAUGUGUCAACUUGAUGAGUAUCUACAAUACCUGCGAAGGGCGUCUGAGGAUUAUCGAGCUAAAACUGGGUGUGAGUGUGAGCAAGAGCUGCAAGCUUCAGUGUCCAAAGUCACACAACAUUACAAAGACUACUACACUAUAAAAUGGGCCUUAGCCCAUGAAGAUGUGCUUGCUUUCUUUUGUCCAAUUUGGAUUUCCCCUUUAGAGAAUGCUUAUUCUUGGGUUACUAGGUGGAAACCUUCAACAGUGUUUAAACUGGGUAACUCAAUAGGGACAAAUGGUGUUCCCAGUUUGAGUCUGGUUGAAUUGACACAAGAACAUAUGAGAAAGAUUGAGACUUUGAGGGUGAAAAUAAGGUUAGAAUAG